CUGUCCUCCUGACCAAUUCUCUCAACUCGUACUCUUAUAGCGGUACACUGCCAUCCUGAACACAUCCGAACUACACCUAUCUUUCGUAUUAUACACGCAACGCAUCGUGGUACAGCAACCAGCCAGCAAGCAUGGCAUCACACGACCCAACGAACUUUCAACCAACACCACCCAUUCGCACAUCGACAGUCGAUUCCCAGAAGUCAACAGACUCAUCUGGUCAAAUGUCUCCCAAAUCUGCCCCAAUUUCGCCAACUUCACGUGUGUUCUUUGGUGCCAUCACUGAGCGCCUCGAGCGUUCACGCAGUCGAUCCCGCGCAGACGCAUCCCGGAAACGAGCCAAGUCACCAAUGGUUCUGCCACCCGAACAACUCCCUUCUGCACGACCACAGCAACCUCAUCACGUCUCGCAACCUACAACGACACAAGCUUCCGCGAAGGUACCACGACCAAGUCUCCAAGAGAACGGCAGAACGUCUACCAGUGGAAGUGAUCCAUGGCGCGGACGGCAUUCGAACGAAUGGCUUUUUGGCGGUUUCUCCGUCAGGGAGACCGCGAAGGGAGUUCUCGAGCGCCGCAAGUCGUAAUCGAGGAUUAAGGCGAGGAGUCUGGUACUCACUCGAUGUCGGGUGGCUCCGCUGGACGUAUGCACUGCUGGAAGGUGUGCUAUCCAUGACUGUCAAGAAUGAUGAUAAUGACCGGAAUUUAGAAGUGUGAUGAAUCGGACAUUGCGCGUCUGUAAACUAGUUUGUUAAUGGAAUCAAAGCUCUUGGUGUUGCU